UAGCGCCACACCUCGCAAAAGACGGCCUGCGGGGCUUUCCACUGGAACGAUGGCUACCUACAGCCUGGCGAACGAGCGGCUGCGCGCCCUGGAGGACAUCGAGCGCGAAAUCGGAGCCAUCCUCCAGAACGCAGGAACGGCGAUCCUGGAACUGUCCAAGGAAAAAACUAACGAGCGGCUCCUUGACCGGCAGGCGGCAGCCUUCACCGCUUCUGUGCAGCACGUGGAGGCUGAGCUGUCGGCUCAGAUCCGCUACCUCACCCAGGUGGCCACAGGCCAGCCACAUGAGGGUUCCAGCUACUCUUCCAGGAAGGAUUGUCAAAUGGCUCUAAAGCGAGUAGAUUACGCUCGCCUCAAGAUUAGUGAUGUGGCAAGAACCUGUGAACAGAUGCUGGAGAACUAAGUCAGGAUGAUCCAGAGUGUGACCUGCACCAGAGACCGCAUCGGCAUAGUGGCUGUGAGGAGGGAGAGUGAGAAAUCCCAGGCUUUCAGUAUGGGAUUGAAGAACAGCUGAUGGAGUCUGAAGGGAGACUGGUGGCCAGAGGACUCCCUCAGCAGAUCUGAGGGGACAAAGACCCAGCAUCUGCAGAAGUCAAUAAUUCUAAAAAACCAUUUUACCUAGA